AUGGGGUCCCAAUUUGGUCACAAGUGGGAAGGCAAGGUCUGCGCUAGAGUCACAAAGGCCAGUGCAGACCAGAUAUGGCCUCUCUUCACGGACUUCUUCAACCUCCACAAAUGGUUCCCAGGCCUAUCCGAUUGCCACGGCAUCCAAGGGGAGAACGGCGAGCCCGGUUGCGUGCGGUACUGCUCCGGCUUCUCCCUCUCGUCCGAAGGUGCCGGUGACGUCGGCAAGAAUCGUCCCGUCAGCUGGGCCAAGGAGCGAUUGAUCAAUAUAGAUCCUGUCGAGCGAAGCCUAAGCUAUGAUAUGCUGGAUAGUAACAUCGGGUUCAAUUCGUAUCUAGGGACGGUCAAGGUCGUCUCCAGCGACGGCGUUGGCGACGGCGGGUGCACGAUCGAGUGGUCGUUCUCCGUCGAUCCAGUGGAAGGGUGGGUGCGCGAGGAUUUGGUGAGGGAAGUAUAUGAGGCGGGGUUGCAAGGCAUGGCUAAGAAAAUGGAGGAUUCAUUUGCGAAUUAA